AAGAAAUUCAAAUAAUUUUUCGAUUAAAGUUAUUAUUAUUAAAAAAUAUUUAAAAUGACUUCUAUUGUAACACGAUCAUUUUCAACCAAAUUAUGGAAAGAUUGGAGUAUAUUGCGACCAUUUUUUAUGUAUCUUCCUAAGCAUGAAUUAUCAACAGAAACUGAACCACAACAAAAUAUCAGAGAUGUUUCAGAAAGUCUGAAAAAUAUAGACCCCUUAAGUCAUCCAGAUUUUUUUCAUGUUUAUGAUAUGUUCACUGUUAAAAACUUAUUUGAUGCAAGAGUACAUUUUGGUCACAAAGAAGGUUCUUUAAAUGAUUACAUGCGACCUUUUAUAUUUGGUUCUAGACUAGGUCACUUAAUAAUUGACUUAGAUCAAACUGCUGAGCUUUUACGACAAGCAUUAAAUGUUACAGCUCACAUAGCUUUCAGAGGUGGAUUAAUCUUAUUUAUAUCAAAAAAUCCUCAGAUUUCUUAUAUUGUAGAAAGUACUGCAAAGGAAUGCAAAGAGUUUGCACAUACCAGGUUUUGGCACCUUGGAACAUUUACAAAUGUUGAACAUGAAUUUGGAGUUAUUACUAGACUACCAGAUUUGUGUAUAUUUAUUAAUACUAUGGAGACUGUUGUUAAACAACACAUAGCAGUGAUACAUGCAGCCAAAAUGUGUAUUCCAUCAAUUGGUAUUGUAGACACAAAUUGCGACCCCAGACUUAUAACAUAUCCUAUUCCUGGAAAUGAUGACACACCUUGUGCUAUUGAACUUUAUUGUAAAUUAUUUAAGGAAGCAGUAAUGAGAGGAAAAAAUUAUAAAAAUAAAAUGAAAUACUAA